AUGGCUUUGAGUCCCACAACCGCCACAACGGCAAUCUAUACCGCCUCCAACAUGACCCCCAGGGCGAAUCUGGAACGUCUGGGCCCGACACUACCCAAACAGACGGCCGAUAUGCUCUGGCGAGCAAGGAGGUGUCAUUUGAAUGCGUUGGAAGGAUUUCCCCUGUUUGCGGCUGCCAUGAUCGCAGGAAUCUACACCAAUCUCGACACCAAAGAGCUCAACGUCUGCGCGGGAGAAUAUCUCGUGGCGCGCGCGCCCUAUACACUAUACUGUACAUGA